GAGAGAGCAACUGCAAGAACUUCAGUGUAUCGCUGACACAGUUGAAGCUCUGAUUCUCUUUUUUAAUGGCAGCGAGAAUACGCAUGGAGUUUGUUGAAUUGUAGAGUGUUUGCAUAAUUGUAUAUGCACAAAAGACCACGGAAAGAGAAGGGAUUGGAUCAGGUAAUGCGGUAACAAAGAUGAAGGGAUUUGAUCUGUUGAAAUCUUCAAGUCUGGUAAAAUCUGCCGGAUUCGUCUUUGUAGCUCUAGCUUUCUUCUACUUUGGUAAACACUGGUCCGACGACAAUUAUCAACAAGUUAUCUUCUUUAAUUCUAACUCAAACGAAAAUGCCACAACCCCAUCGAUCUCAAUUUCCCCAAAUCACAAUAAAACUUUCGAUAUCGUUUCUUUAAUCAACAAUACCAAGGAAGCAGAAAUCCGAGAUGAUCAUACAUUAGCUCCGAUUCCGCAGUCAUCUUUGCCUUCUCAGUCGCCUCCGCCGCCGUCACCACCUCCUCCUCCGCCACCACAGCCGGCAGUGCAGAGGCUAGGGCUAGUGGAUGAGAAUGGGGUGAUGAGGAAUGAUUUUGAGGUCGGGGAGUUUGAUCCGAGUGUGAUGGAGGAUUGGAAUAAUGAGACGGAAGUGGUGGAAGGUGAUAGCAAAGGGGUUAGGGUUAAUGUUGGGGUCCGGAAGUUCGGGAUGUGCCGGACGAGUAUGAGGGAUUAUAUACCUUGUAUGGACAAUGUGGAGGCCGUCAAGGGAUUGACAUCUACGGAGAAAGGGGAAAAGUUUGAGCGCCAUUGCCCGGAUAAAGAUAAGGGAUUGACCUGCUUGGUGCCAGCACCCAAGGGUUACAAAGCUCCAAUUCCUUGGCCAAGAAGUCGUGAUGAGGUGUGGUAUAGCAAUGUUCCGCAUGCACAACUAGCGGAAUAUAAGGGUGGUCAAAACUGGAUUACUGUAUACAAGGAUAAAUUUAGGUUUCCUGGAGGUGGCACACAGUUCAUACAUGGGGCAGAUCAGUACUUGGAUCAGAUUUCACAGAUGAUUCCAGGCAUUGCGUUUGGACGCCAUACCCGGGUCGUAUUGGAUGUUGGAUGUGGUGUGGCAAGUUUUGGUGCCUAUUUAACUUCACGGAACGUACUGACUUUGUCCGUAGCUCCGAAAGAUGUACACGAGAACCAGAUUCAGUUUGCGCUAGAGCGUGGUAUACCUGCAAUGGUAGCAGCUUUUGCAACAAAGCGACUGCUUUAUCCAAGCCAGGCUUUUGAUUUAAUUCAUUGCUCAAGAUGUAGAGUUAAUUGGACUCGUGAUGAUGGGAUUUUGCUGCUUGAGGUCAACAGAUUGCUUAGGGCCGGAGGAUAUUUUGUGUGGGCAGCACAACCAGUUUACAAGCAUGAAGCACUCUUAGAAGAACAAUGGGACGUGAUGAUCAACCUCACAAACCGUCUUUGUUGGAAUCUUGUCAAGAAGGAGGGGUACAUUGCAAUAUGGCAGAAACCCCUUGACAACAGUUGUUAUUUAAGCCAUGAUCCAGGGACCCAACCGCAAUUGUGUGAUAAGGAGGAUGACCCUGACAAUGUUUGGUAUGUAGAUUUGAAGCCAUGUAUUACUCCACUGCCUGAGGACGGAUCUGGAGCAAAUAUCACCACAUGGCCCGCAAGACUGCAUAAUCCUCCCGAGAGGCUCCAAAGCAUAAAGCUUGACGCCUUUGUAUCUAGAAAGGAUCUCUUUAAAGCAGAAUCAAAAUACUGGAAAGAAAUAAUAGAUAGUUACGUGCGCUCUUUACACUGGAAAAAAUUCAAACUCAGAAAUGUUAUGGACAUGAGAGCCAGCUUUGGAGGAUUUGCAGCAGCCUUGAUUGAUAAUCAACUAGAUUGCUGGGUUAUGAAUGUUGUUCCUGUUAGUGGUCCAAACACCUUACCCGUCAUUUAUGAUCGUGGGCUUCUAGGAGUUAUGCAUGACUGGUGCGAACCAUUUGACACUUACCCAAGAACCUACGAUUUCUUGCAUGCAGCCGGUCUUUUCUCAGUUGAACAAAAAAGAUGCAACAUAUCUAGCAUCAUGCUUGAGAUGAAUAGAAUUUUAAGACCUGGGGGACGAGUGUACAUUCGUGAUUCUAUUAUGGUGAUAGAUGAACUUCAAGAGAUCGGGAAGGCCAUGGGUUGGCAUGUAACGCAACGAGAUACGGCCGAGGGGCCUCAUGCAAGUUAUAGAAUCCUGACAUGUGAUAAACGCCUCCGGUAAUCAAUUCAAGGGCGAACUCACCGCUGUUCAUAUAGACAAAAAAAUGUUUUUUUUUCAUUCUUUCCCCCUUCAGUUCUUACAGUUUCUACAGGUACAUGUACAACUCUUAGUAGUGGUUACUAGUUUUAUGUAAAAUUGAUUUAUGUCGAGGAUUUUCGACUUGAAACAUUUCAAUUCACUCUCCUUUGAAGGUCC